UCCGAGGUUGCGGAGACCAGGCGCGUUGGCGCCAAGAUGGCGGCGGCAGCGGUGGCAGCUGCGGCGGCGGCGGCCGCGGCUGCAUCCCUUCAGGUGCUGGAGAUGGAAAGCAUGGAGACGGCUGCCGCCGGCUCAGCGGGACUAGCAGCCGAAGUCAGAGGCAGCGGCACGGUAGACUUCGGGUCUGGGCCGGGAAUAUCUGCAAUGGAGGCCAGCGGAGGAGAUCCCGGCCCGGAGGCCGAGGACUUCGAGUGCAGCUCUCACUGCUCGGAGCUGUCCUGGAGGCAGAAUGAGCAGCGGCGCCAGGGCCUCUUCUGCGACAUCACCUUGUGCUUCGGCGGUGCCGGAGGCCGCGAGUUCCGGGCCCACCGCUCGGUGCUGGCCGCCGCCACCGAGUACUUCACGCCCCUACUCUCGGGCCAGUUUUCCGAGUCCCGCUCGGGCCGGGUGGAGAUGCGCAAGUGGAGCUCCGAGCCCGGGCCCGAGCCCGACACGGUGGAAGCCGUUAUCGAGUACAUGUACACCGGGCGGAUCCGCGUCAGCACGGGCAGUGUGCACGAGGUGCUCGAGUUAGCCGACAGGCAGGAGAUGCCAACAUAGUCUCAAGCGUCCACCUGAUCCGAGAAGCUCACUCCUCACCAGCUUCCCUCUCCAACCCAUUGUCCAGUCCAAUCCAUGUCUGAAGAGUUGGCUUCGGGAAUGGUUCCUGUCCUGGGGCAACAGAAGGUCUGGGGGCCAUGACCACUGGGGUCCUUCCAGUCUCAGUCAGACCAUUAAGUCUGGGUCUUAUGAGAAUUUGGGGUCUAUGGAUUUGUUAUUUUAACAAACGUACGUAUUAAGCACAUACUAGGCAUCAGAGCAGACACUGGGUUCUAAGAUCCUGAGGAAUUGAGACAAAAGUUCCUUUGCACAUAGCACUUACAUUGGUAGAUGAACAAUAAAUAAGUAAAAUAUAUAGUAUGUUGGAUGAUUGUUACAGCUGUGAUGAGAAAUAAAGCAUGGUCGGGGCAUACAGAAAGUAUUGGGUGGAGAGGAACUGUUUUUUAAAUAAAUGCAUAGAGAAUGCUUCUUGGAGAAGACGUUUUACAAAGAACUGAAGGAAGCAAGGGAGUGUUUUCAACUAGAGAAUACAUGCAAAGGCCCUGAGGCUGGAGCUUGUCUGGAUAUUGGGGAAUAGCAUGGGGCCAGUGUGGCUGGAGCAGAAGGAUGAUGAGAAGAGUAGGCGAGGCCUCAGGUUGGUAAUAGGAGUGAAUCCAGAUCCCAUAGAGCCUUGCUGGCCUGUGAAAAGAUGAGCUUUCACUCUGAAUGAGUUGGGAAGGUUUUGAGCAGGGGAAUGAUGUGAUUUAGUUUGAAGACUUCUGCUGUGUUCCAAGGGCAGGAGCUGGAGGACUAGGAGGCUUUUGCAGUGAUCCAGGUGAGAGAUGGUGGGGGCUUGGAUUGAGGAGGGAAAAGUAAAAGUGAUGAGAAGUGCUCCAGUUCAUAUUUUGAAGGUGUCGCUGUUGGUUAUGUCAAGUCGAUUCUGACGCAUGGCGAACCCAGGUGUUGCAGAGUAGAACUGCUCCAUAGGAUUUUCAAGGCUGUGACCUGGAAGCAGGUCGCCAGGCCUGUCUUCUGAGACACCUCUGGGUGGGUUCAAAUUCCAAAGCUUUCAGCUAGUAGCCCAACACUUAAUCGUUUGCGCCACCCAUGGACAUCAUUAUUUUGAAGGUGUUGUUGUUGUUGGGGAGUCCUGGUGGCGCAGUGGUUAAGGGUUAUGGCUGUUAACCAAAAGGUCAGCGGUUUGAAUCUACCAGUUGAGCCUUGGAAACCCUGUGGGGCAGUUCUGCUCUGUCCUGUAGGGUCGUUAUGAGUCGGAGUCAACUGGCCAGCAGUGGGUUUGGUUUUUGGAUGGUUGGUUGGUUGUCGUUGAGGGCAGUCCAGUCAAUCCUGACUCAACAACACCACGUGACAGGACAGAACUGCUGCAGAACAGAAACAGAUCGCCAGAGCUUUCUCACUGGGAGCUGCUGGGUAGGUUCGAACUGCCAGCCUUUCAAAUAGCAGCUUAGUGCUUAACCGUUGAAGGUGGAGGAGACAAAUAGGCAGAUGGAUUCAAUGUGGGAUGUUAAGGGGGAAAAAAGUCUGCAAGAUGUUGAUCGAGGUGUCUGAGUAGACAAUUGGGUAUAAGACACUGGGAACUAGAGAUACAGAUUGGGGGAAAUUAGCAUAUAGUUAGUGAUUAAAGCCAUGGGUUUGGAUGAAAUUACUUAGGAAGAGAUUGUACAUAAGGAAGAGAAGGAGCUGGGGAUUCUUCAAUAUGUCACACAAUUGAGGAGGAUUCGGCUGAGGAGAUCCAUCUCAUGGAAGUGUAGAAAGGAAGAGUGUCAAGGUGGGGGUGGCCAAUGCUUCCAAAGCAUAAGUGGUCAUUUUAUUCGGCAAUAAUGUAGGUCCUUGGUGGCCUUGACAAGAGCCAUUUAAGUUAAAUCUUCCUAUGAAAGGGAUCAGAACAACUGAACACAGAUGGAAAUGUUUGAGUAGGGCCAAGGAGCGUUGUCUUAGUUAGCUAGUGCUGCUAUAACAGAAAUACAAGUGGAUGGCUUUAACGAAGAGAAAAUACAGUCUAGGAGGCUAGAAGUCCGAAUUCAGGGUGCCAGCUCCUGGGGAAGGCUUUCUCUCUCCGUCGGCUCUGGGAGAAGGUCCUUGUCAUCAGCCUUCCCCUGCUCAAAGAGCUUCUCAGCACAGGGACCCCAGGCCCAAAGGACGUGCUGUUCUCCUGGCUCUUGUUUCUUGAUGUAUGAGGUCCCCAUGUCUCUGCUCACUUCUGUCUUUUAUAUCUCAAAAGAGAUUGACUUAAAACACAACCCAAUCUUGUAGAUUGAGUCCUGCCUCAUUAACAUAACUGCCACUAAUCCCACCUCGUUAACAUCAUAGAGAUAGGAUUUACAACACAUAGGAAAAUCAUACCAGAUGACGAAAUUUGCACUAUAACACACUGUUGAGAAUCAUGGCCUAGCCAAAUUGACCCAUGUUUUGAGGGGGACACAGUUCAAUCUAUAACAACCGCAGAUGGGUGGCUUUAGAAACAGAAAUUUAUUCUCUCUCAGUUUUAGGAAGCUAGAAGUCCUAGUUCAGGACGUCGGCUCAAGGGGAAGAUUUUCUCUCUCUGGAGGGAGGUCCUUGUCUCUUUAAGCUUCUGCUGCUGGGUGAUCUUCAUUUGGCUUGGCAUCUCCUGUAAUCUGCUCUUUUUAUAUUUUGUAAGAGAUUAACUCAAAACACACCCUGUACUAAUCCUGUCUCAUUAACAUAACAAAGACAGCCCAUUCCCAAAUAGGAUUUUAAACACAGGCAUUUUAAAAAAAAAAAAAAAAAAAAAGAGGUUAGACAACACAAAAUUUUGGCGGACACAAUUCAAUCCAUACAAAAAAAAAAACCCAAACCUGUUGCCAUCGAGUCAAUUCCAACUCAUAGUGACCCUAUAGGACAGAGUAGAACUGCCCCAUAAAGUUUCCAAGGAGCGCCUGGCAGAUUCAAACUGCCAGUCCUUUGGUGAGCAGUGAAGCUCUUAACCACUGUGCCACCAGGGUUUCCAUUCAGUCCAUAGCAGGAGUAUAUCUUUCUCGCCUGCUAAGAUAGGAGAUACUAGAGCUUGUUUGUUUGCUGAUGGAAGUAUUCAGUGGAAACGGAGAAACUGAUGCUACGGGAUUGGAGGGAUAAAUGUGGGAGCAAAGUCCUUGAAACCAAGAGGGGGGAUAGGAUCCAUAUUAUAAAUGGAGAGGUUAGACUGGGAAGGCAGACACGCAGGCAGAUCGGGCGGUGGGACGAUGAAGUUCUGCCUGAUGCUUUUCUCAAAGGUGGGGUGGAUGGGGUGAGUAUAAGGGUUGUUGAAGAAAAUGAAAGUCAUCACACUCAGGCUGUGUUCGCUUCUGUCGUAUGAUGUUGUAUUUGGGUGGAGGGUGUUUUUGUUUUCAGAUUUGCCCCUGCUUAAUUCGGGGUGAGGAGAGGAGCGAACACUUCAGGCAAUUUGCUUGAAAUUUCUCUCUGUCUGUCAGCUGCUGAGCUGCUGCCCUGUAUCAGGCACUGUUCUAAGUGCCCUGCAACAUCAUGUAUAAUCUUCCAUCAGCUCUGAGGCAGGGUUCCCCUUUCCUCCUCCCGCAUGGAAUCUGUUGGUGAUGAUACCUUCCCUGCAGGGCAGUUAUCAGGUAGGGAUUAGAAAUGAUAGGAAGAACCCAACAUGAUGCCUUGCACAUGGCAAAUGUUAUGUGACAGUUGUUACUAUUUUCACAGAGAGCAGUAUUUCCAAACACUUGUCUAAGGGAUGCUAUCUCAGAAUUACCCAGAGUGCCUGCCAAAAACAGGGGCUCCAGGUGGGGAUGCAGGAAGCCUAGGAAUUAUAUAUAUCUAACUGGUUCAACUUCCCAGAUGACUCCAGCACCUAGACAUGUUUGGGAGCCACUACAGCCCCAGGCACUCCACCUUGUAUUUGUUUUCUCUCUAAGAUGAUAUGUUCCUUGAAGAAGGUGAAGGGAGCCUGUCUUAUUCAUCUUUAUAUCAUAGUUAGUUAUUAAGCAUAAUAAUGAUGAUAACAAGUGGUUACCAAAUUGAAUGUGGCUGGCCUGAAGAAAUCAUCCCUAUAUUGUCUAAGGUUUGCCAUUUGGGGGAUUUUUUUUUUUUUUUUUCCAACUGUGCUUUAAGUGAAAGUUCACAGUUUAGUUUUUCCUACAAAAACUUAUACACACAUUGUUAUGUGACCCUAGUUGCUCUCCCUGUAAUGUGACAGCAUACUCCUCUUUUCCACCCUGGAUUUCCUGUGUCCAUUCAACCAGCUCCUGUGCCUUUCUGCCUUCUCAUCUCACUUCCAUACAGGAGCUGCACACUUAGUCUCAUGUAUUUCCUUGAGCUAAGAAGCACAGUCUUCACAAUGUCAUUCCAUGUCUUAUAGUCCUGUCUAAUCUUUGUCUGAAGAGUUGGCUUCGGGCAUGGUUUUAGUUUUGGGCUAACAGAGUUCGGGGGCCAUGUCCCCUGGGGUCCCUCCCGUCUCAGCCAGACCAUUGAUCUGGUCUUUUUUACUAGAAUUUGAGCUCUGCACCCUACUUUUCUUCUGCUCCAUCAGGGACUCUUUGUUGUGUACCCUGUCAGGGUGGUCAUUGGUGGUAGCUGGGUACCAUCUAGUUCUUCUGGUCUCAGGCUGAUGGAGUCUCUGGUUUAUGUGGCCCUUUUGUCUCUUGGGCUAAUAUUUUCCUUGUGUCUUUGAUGUUCUUCAUUCUCAUUUGCUCCAGGUGGGUUGAGACCAAUUGAUGCAUCAUAAAUGGCCACACGCGAGCUUUUAAGACCCCAGAUGCCACUCACCAAAGUGGAAUGCAGAACGUUUUCUUAAUAAACUUUGUUAUGCCAAUUGACCUAGAUGUCCCCUGAAAUCACGGUCCAUUGGAGGAUUUUUUUUAAGUGGUGGUCUCAAAUUGGCUACCCUCACGGCUCAGUGCUGCCAGAUAUAUGAGUUUGUCUGAAACCUUUGUUUUUGUUUUAAUUUAACUUUAAAUGAAUAUAUGUGGACGGAAAACCUACAUGCCAAACCACUGUCUUUUGUUUUUUAACCUGGACUUUCCUUACGUGUGCACUAUGUGUUUUGUGUCCUGUCUUCUUCAGAAGUUUGUCUUUGUCAUCCCUGCUUUAAUGGGAACCCAGCUGCCCAAGGAGAAAGCUCUGUUGAAAAGAAGAUUAAAACCUCUAACACAAAGCCUAGACUGCUGUUCUUUCUGGUAAUCUGACCAAACAGACCCUCCAAGGAGUCAUAGGUCCUGCUUGGCCCUUACUUUAUACCACAUAGAUGGAUAGAUUGAUAGCUGUUGUUGAGUUGACUCUGACUCACGACGACCUUAUGUACAACCUCAUGCCUAGUCCUGUAUCAUCUUCAUUAUCAUUGGCAUGUUAGAGUCCUUCGUUGCGGCUGUUGUGUUAAUCCAUCCCAGCAAGUUCUCCCUUGCCUUCGCUGGCCCUCUACUUCACCAAACAUGAUAUCUUCUUCCAGUGAUUGAUCCCUCCUCCCUCUUGAUGAAGUGUCCAAAGCAAGCAAACAAGACAUUGUUCCAUCGUGAUCCAUAGGGUUUUCACUGGCUAAUUUUCAGAUGUAGGUCACCAGGCCAUGCUUCCUCGUCUGUCCUUGUUCGGAAGUUCCUCUGAAACCUGUCCACCAUGGGUGACCCUGCUGGUAUUUGAAAUACUGGGUGGCAUAGCUUCCAGCAUCACAGCAACAGACAAGCCACCACAGUAGGACAAACUGCUAGAUGGGGAAUGGUUAUACCAUAUAGUCGAUGUUUAAUAAAAUCUCUUCCCUGAGACCCUGCCCCAUUUAAGAGGCUGGUGAUGGCAAGAGAUUAAGACAGGAUAGCAGGGGCAAGUCUGGAUUGGGAUUUGUAGAGAGCAAAUUCCAGUGAAAAUAAAGCAUGGGACAGUUGUAUUUUGUUAGAGGAUGUGUUCCACUUUGUCGUUGUUACAUAAUUCAGAACUCCACUUUGUGUAUAAUUGUAUGUUAUAUAGAAAUCAUAUAUAGUUAUCUAUAAACAGUGAUAUAAAUAAUAUUUAAAUAUUUUUAUAUAUAAAGGUAGUUUAUAUUUAUGCUUUUAAACAUACUUUUUUCAGCAUAAUACUUUUUAAUUUGAGGAUUUGCUUUUUCAGAUGUUGUGUCUAAGGUGAAAUGAAUCUCACCAUUUCAAUUUAUGCAACUCAUACGCUCUCAAAAUGCAACCUCGUGAAAUAUGCACAUGGGGAAAUUAAUCCUUUCUUUU